GUCGGAUCUAGUCACCGGCGGCCGGUGGAGAGAGGGACAUCCAUCCUGUUAGAACAUUCCCCUGGCUGCGUGUUCCUUAUAUAAUUUCGUCGACCUAGAUCCACUCAAUUUCCCUCAAUUGGCCGAAGCCAAUUAAUUGGGGCAAAAUAAGGCAAUCGAGAUAGAAUUUGCUUGAUUCAACAUACGAUCCCCACAAGACUCGAUUUGUUGGCACACAUGGCCGCGCGUGAAGUAACGUAUCCUAAGAAACAGAGAAGCCGUUCAGGCCGAGCCAGGGGACAGGAUCCCAAGGCGUGGGCAGCCUUCUCGGUUCCAAACUAGAAGAGCAAAGCAAGCGCGACGACCAUCCCCCUAGCGUCGUUGGCUCAAAGAGGAAACGGGUACACAAGUCAAGCGAGAUCAAAGGAGCCGACGCAAAGCUAGCCAUAGACCUAGAGGCAGCAAUGGCAGCAAUUGACUUUCCUCAACCAAAGAACCGUGGCAAACGUUCGGCCCGGCCUAGGGCCACCAAGGCUGCUGCGCCAUGGGCAGCCUCACUGGAUGGGUUCCAGAACAAUGGUGCAGAAUCUGCUCUAGCAUCGCUCUAUGGAGAGCGUGAUAGAGACCCGUGUGUGGAGUUUGCUGUCAACAUCCUGAUGAACGGGACACCGCUGCCAAAGGAAGCUGCAGGUAUCGAAGCAUUCUUUACCCAGAAGAUGUACGGCUACAAAAACGCAAAGUUUGGGGAAAACAUAACAAGUUUUAUGGUCUAAUCUUCAUAUUAGACAUGAUUCAAGCACCUGCAUGCAUCGUUUGGCGAAUUGUUGGCCUGAUAGAAGAAGUUUGGGGAAAACAUAACAAGUUUUAUGCGCUUAAAG